UUGAUACACUCGUGGAUGGCAUUGACUGUGAUACCGUGGUGUUUUUUAGGUUAAAAUCAUGAGUAUCCUUAAUCGCUUUAAACCACUGGUAUCACCGGUAUGUAGAGGUGGAGCUUUACUGGAACAAACGAGUGUUUUCAGAAGAGUCUGUUCGGGAUCCAAAGCUGCGUGUCACAGCCUGAGUUCGCCUCGGUGUUACAGAGCAGAUUUAGCCUCAUGUCACUUAUCCACUUAUUACUUUAACAGUAAAAGAUGGUAUUCGGAGCUGCACAGUGAAAGCAGUAAUUCACAGAAGAGUACUGAUGUUACUGAAGAGGUAUCACAGGUGGUGGAGAGUGACGUCAGUGCCCACCUGAGCCAGAGAUCCUCUGAAACUUUCAAUCUGGAUGUGCUGGUGUCUCUGCUGCGUCAGGAAAAUGCAGUGGACAUCUGUGUGAUUAAAGUACCAGAGCAGAUCAAAUAUGCAGAGUACUUCAUUGUUGUUAGCGGUAUAUCGCCGAGACAUCUCCGUGCAAUGGCUUUUUAUGCCAUUAAAGUGUAUAAAUUUCUGAAAACAAAUCAUGAUCCACAUGUUAAGAUUGAAGGAAAGGAUGCAGAUGACUGGAUGUGCGUUGACUUUGGGAAUAUGGUGGUUCACUUCAUGCUGCCAGAGACCAGAGAACUGUAUGAACUGGAGAAACUGUGGACGCUCCGCUCCUAUGAUGAACAGCUGAAGAGUAUCCCUGCUGAGAAACUACCAGAAGACUUCAUAUAUGAUAUUGAAGUCACAAAAGACUAAUCAUCAUGAAGUAGUGCACAAACUUCACCACCGGACUUGUAACUUUUGGAAACAUCCAGAACCACAACCUGCUUUGGUUAUCUUUGGUAAAACCCAAACACUUUUUGUUGGGAUUAAAUUGCCUUCAUUGGAUUGGGGAAAUAAAUAACAACAUACAACAGCUGCACCCUGAGGAUCACUGAUGUCAUAUUGAGUCAAUGUGGACAUCAUUACAUUAUUCUUUUUCAUUUAAAUUGGCCAUUUGAGGUCAUAACAAGAUAUAUAUAAAAUAUGGUUAUUUUCUUUUGUGUGAUUUUUGAAUGGUUUGAAAUAAAUUGAUGUUUAAACAAAAAUGAUAGCUGUACUAUAAUAAAAAUUGAUUUAUUUUUUGGGUAUUGUAUUUAACAUUAUCUGCAAGUAAAAUAAAAAUAAAAUGACUUGCCCUGCCAGGAUUAAUUUCUAGCUGUGUAAAGACAUGUUCAUUAUGCAAAUUAUGUUAAAGCAUUUUGAGCACAAUUUCUAUCUGUAACACAAGUUUUAAUAGUAAUUAAGUGUUACUGUAUUUAAUUCCUUUUGAAUGAAACACAUUUUUCCCAUAUGCCUUUAAAUAAAUGACCACUUUGUCAGUAUCACUUAUAGAC